CUCGCUGACAAAAUGGGCAGUAUUGAAGCUAUGACUGUGACCUAUGAAUGACAUAUUCUUUUGAAUGCAUAUUCCGCUUGAACUACUCCAUGCAGGCCUAUGUGGACACGUAUAUAGAUAGGCAUAGGCCCGUUGCUUGCUUUCGGGAUGUUAAAACCGUGCAGAAGCAUGACAUUCUGAAAGAGAGAGUUUCGCAGGUACUGAUAAUAUAUCGACCAAUUCAUCGAGGAACUUUGUCCACAAAAUAUUGCAGGCAACUGGCAGAGUUAGUAUGCUCGUAACAUCAACCGAUGACGAUCAGGAUGACUGAAAACAAUUCGGAAGAUGCAGUGUUACCAAGUGAAUCUGCUGCCCCAAACGAUGAAAGCAGUGAGAAAGAAGAGACAACUUUCCACAAAAAGGCCACCUUUGUCUGUGCGGCGUUGGGGACGUUCACAGCAUGGCUGACUUUCUCAGUGAUCGCAGUGUUUUUCCCGAAUGAGGCCAAAGCGAGGGGAAUGUCGCAGACUGUUAUUGGGCUGGUGUUCAGCUCUUUCUCCGUUGCAGCUGGAAUAAGUUCACCAAUCUGGGGCAAACUUCUGCCACUCAUUGGAGCCCGUUUUGCUUUUCUCGCUGGGGCCUUCGUGGCAGGCAGUUGCAAUAUUUUGUUUGGUUUCAUAAUCGACAUGCCUACCGACGCAACAUUCACUGCAUUCAGUUUCGCUAUACGAUUACUGGAGGGCCUUGGUUCCUCGGCUUGUGCGACUUCCACGGCUGCCAUUCUUGCUUACACCUUUCCGGAAAAUGUCGGCAUGUCAAUGAGUUUGUUUGAAACCUGUGCUGGCGUAGCGUUUGCAGUCGGACCAGCCGCUGGUGGUUUGCUCUUUGAAGCAGGUGGAUUCAGGGUUCCAUUCUUUGUUCUGGGAGGAGCAGUUUUGGCCACGGUCGGUGCGAGCUGUUUCUUCAUGCCCGAUCAUGGGAGCGAGGAGAAACAAUCCGGGCCCAUUGUCCAAGUCUUGAAAAUACCGGCUGUCUGGGUGUGCAUGUUGGCGAUCUGUGCCAAUUUCAUCGGUUUCACGGCAUUACAUCCGAUACUGUCAGUUCAUCUCGAGACGCUUGAUUUCUCGGUUCUCGGAAGAAGUUUGCUUUUCUGCUGUUUAGGCGUUUCGUACGCUGUGGGUACAGUCGUUUGGGGAUACGUUGUGGACAAAAAGAAGUGCACCAGAACUGUAAUAUCUUUGGGAACAUUUGGAGCGGUCAUCGGAUUUUUCCUUCUUGGACCUUCUCCUGUCCUCAACAUAACCCCCACCAGGGUCUUAGUGGGUUUGGUCAUACCCUUUCUGGCUUUCGCGAUGGCGAUGAUGACCAUACCACCGAUGCUGGACAUGAUCAUCUCAGCUGAAUGGUAUGGAAUACCUUAUAACAUGGGACUCGUCGGUAUUAUUUCGGGUCUUUGGAACAUGGCAGUGUCAAUAGGAAUGAUGGUCGGCCCGAUGUUGGCCAGUUGGCUGACGGAUUGUCUUGGAUUUGGAUACGCUACAACAAUCAUUGCAUGCGGCUUUCUAGCUGUCUGGCUUGUUUUGUGUUUCUUUGGUGCCUGGGAAUACCGAUGCGGAAAAGGGAGGCGACCACCAAUGGAAGAGCCCAAGGAUGAUUCCCACACGGACUUUGAGGAAAUGGUACUACUGUCGAAAGCGCCUUAAAUUAUCCUCAGUAAUCUUUCCUUUUUUCCCAGUUAACCCAUUGUUCAUUGAUAUAUAUUGGUUCAAUGUAUUUUUGAUAUAUUGAUUUUUAAAUUCUUGUCUCCUGCAGGAGAGUCUACUCGAAAUUUAAUAUAGAGCAUGACCUACCAAGAAAACCUUUGUCAAUAUGGUUUUCGAAAAAAAGUAGCUCAGUCUUUUCUAAAUAUGGCUUUCGCAAUAAAGUAGCUCUUUGUCGCAAAUCGUUUUAGACACUCGUCCCCCCCCAAAACAAACAAAAGCCAAAAAAUGACAAUAUUUUUAUAAUUAUUUUAUAUAAAGCGUGCUUAUAUAUACAUCGAAAGUAAUACACGUGUAUUCAUUAGUGUUUGUUACUUGAAUAAAGAAAUGCAGAGAAGACACGUCCGCACUGAGUCUGCGUGUACAUGCAAUAUUCCAUAUUUUGCAGCCUCUUACAACGAUUUUUGCAUUUCAGUGUGGUUAAGGUUUUUUGGUCACAUUAAUUCCGGGUUUAUUUAAACUCUUAAUUGGAAUGAAGGUGCAUAAUAACCCUGCAGGUUCGUUGGAAUCGACAUUUUAAUUUGUAUCUUGUCUAACAUAUACAUUGCACUUUAUUUAUAUAUUCUUAUUCUGGAGUACUGUUUAAAACAAAAACCAGUUCGUGCCAGGUUUUAAGUUCAGGGAACACUUGCACCUGUGUGUGAGUAUAUACAUGUACACUUUACAUGGCCAUGGGAUGGGGUUGUUAUGGUUAGAGUUUUGCACUUCGUUCAUGAAAGGAUCGUAAUGAGUAUAUGCAAUGUUAAAAGAAAUUGGCGAGCCGGAGAACUUGCAGCACUAGUAAACUCAAGUCACAGGGACAUGACA